UCAAAAAUCGAGAGCUAAAAUGCACUGUUCAACGUACUAGUAAUUUCUCAUCAAAAGAAGUGUAUUUAGCUUGUAUAAAUAUCUUCUUCUCCGAGUUUCCUAUUCCUCUGCCGGAGAUCGGAGACUGAGCUGGUUAUUAGCUAGACUUGUUCGUUGAAGUUCAUCAAUGGCGAAGCCUCAUACACAGGAAGAGUAUUUUGACGUCCUGACCAAAACUGGAGAGAAAACUGGAGUUUCAAAACCCAGAGGAGAUGUUCAUAGAGAUGGAGACUAUCAUCGGGCUGUUCAUGUGUGUAUUUUUGCUGAAAGUACACAAGAAUUACUUCUCCAACAACGUGCCGACUGCAAGGAUUCAUGGCCUGGGUUGUGGGAUAUUUCCAGUGCCGGCCACAUAUCUGCUGGCGAUUCAUCACUUGCGACAGCCAGGAAGGAACUUCGAGAAGAGCUUGGCAUUAUUCUACCGAAGGACGCAUUUGAAUUGAUAUUUGUUUUUCUCCAGGAGACCAUCACAAAUGGUGGACAAUUUAUCGAUAAUGAAUUUGCAGACGUAUAUUUGGUAACAACAUUGAAUCCAAUUCCUUUUGAGGCCUUUACUCUUCAGGAAUCCGAAGUGUCAGCUGUUAAAUAUGUACAUUAUUUGGAGUUUAAAAGCUUACUCGCAAGUAAAGAUCCUGAAUAUUUUCCAUAUGAUGUAAAUGCGCAAUAUGGUCAACUUUUUGACAUAAUUGCAAAAAGGUACAAAGUGGACAAUGUGGCACGUAGUUUGGCUCUGCAAAAGCAACUGCAACGCUAUGCUUCUAUUUCACUCAAUGUUGAGUUAGCAGGGCUAACGGACGCAGAUAAAGGGGCUCUGGAUCUAAUAAUCAACGCUGCAGCAACAAUUGAUGAAAUAUUCUACCUGCAGAUUUGGUACAGUAAUCCAUGUUUAAGAGAUUGGUUGGAGAAGCAUGCUACUACAUCACACUUAGACAAGUUGAAGAGGGCCUACUAUCUGAUUAAUAAGACUCCAUGGUCUUCCCUUGAUGAAAAUGAAGCAUAUCUGACUACUGCAGAUUCUGCAAUAAAGUUGCUUCCUGAAGCCACCAGGCCAGUUAGUGGGUGGAAGGGCCUGGAAUAUAAAGCAGCAUUUCCGUUGCAGAAACCUCCUGGUGCAAACUUCUACCCUCCUGACAUGGACAAGAUGGAAUUCAAACAAUGGAAGGACAGUCUGACGGAGGACCAGCAAAACAUCGUUUCAGGAUUCUUCAGCGUCAUUAGAAGAUAUAGUGAUUCUAGUUCAGAUUUGUCUAUUUGUAGUAGCCUUGAUAGCACAAAUCGUUUGGAGGGUCCCACUAAUGAUUUGUAUAAUGUACCUUUUUCCCAAGAAUAUAGUUCUUUCCUAUCGAAAGCUGCUGAGUUAUUACAUAAAGCAGGGGAUAUAACUAGCUCUCCCAGUUUGAAGAGGUUCUUACAUAGCAGGGCCGAUGCAUUCCUCUCAAAUGAUUACUAUGAAUCAGAUAUUGCAUGGAUGGAAUUGGACUCUAAGUUGGAUGUUACCAUUGGUCCGUAUGAAACCUAUGAAGAUACACUUUUUGGGUAUAAGGCUACUUUUGAAGCUUUCAUCGGAAUUCGGGAUGAUAAAGGAACUGCUCAAGUAAAACUUUUUGGGGAUAAUUUGCAGGUCUUGGAACAGAAUCUUCCUAUGGACAAUGCAUACAAAUCAAAAGAUGUUAGUGCUGCUCCAAUUCGUGUUGUACAGCUUCUCUACAAUGCUGGGGUAAAGGGAACUCAGUCUGUUGCUUUCAAUUUGCCAAAUGACGAGCGAAUCGUAAAAGAGCGAGGAACAUCGAUGGUUAUGCUUAAGAAUGUUUCAGAGGCCAAGUUCAAUCUUAUUCUUAAGCCUAUUGCUGAUGUUUGUAUUGCAAAUGAGCAACGUGAAUUUGUGGAUUUCGAUUCAUUCUUUACUUUUGCGAUUUGCCAUGAGUGUUGCCACGGCAUUGGACCUCAUACCAUAACACUUCCGAAUGGCAAAAAAUCUACCGUGAGAUUGGAACUCCAAGAACUCCACUCAGCUUUGGAGGAGGCAAAAGCUGACAUCGUAGGACUUUGGGCACUGAGGUUCCUUGCCCUCCAGGGCCUGUUACCAGGAGCAUCAUUGAAGUCUGUGUAUGCAACUUUUCUUGCGGGAUGCUUCCGGUCAGUACGAUUCGGCUUAUCAAAGGCCCAUGGAAAAGGACAGGCAUUGCAGUUCAAUUGGCUAUUUGAGAAAGAAGCCUUCGUUUUAAAUCCAGAUGAAACUUUUUCUGUUAAUUUUGACAAGGUGGAAGAUGCAGUUGAAAGCCUGAGUAGGGAGGUACUAACCAUUCAGGCAAGAGGUGACAAAGAUUCAGCAAAAUUGUUUCUUAAAAAAUACGGUGUCAUAUCAGAACCAUUGAAAUUAGCAUUGCACAAUUUAGAACGAAUCCAGGUACCUGUGGAUCUAGCUGCUGAAUUUCCAAUUGCCAAAGAAAUAUUAGGAAAAAAGGAAGUUGGAAUAUGAAGAUGAUGAUGAAUUAAUAUUUCCAUUUUCCAUCCCAUGGCUUUAUCUAUUAGUAGUAUGUACUCCUAUUUAGUAUUUAACAUGGGAUUAGAAAGUAUGCUAUUUUAUUUUAUGUUUUCUUAUGCAAAUAUUAAAAACCACUUGUUAUAAGUAAUGAGAUGAUAUAUUAUUUUCUUUACUCUC